GCGAGAGGAGGAGGAGAAGGGGGCGGGCCGAUCAGCUGCUUGGUCGGCGGCGGCGGCCGCAGACUUCAGUUGGCGCGUUCUUUGUGGCGGAGGCGCAGAGGAAGGUCAUGUGCUCGUUACCGCGUGUCACCUUCAGCGCGGGAACGGACACGCAGGUGACCGGUGGAGUAACUGAAAGCGUGAUGGGCGAGGAUGUGCGUCCUCACAAGCCACAGACGUCUGGCCGCCUCCGACUUGUUUACGUCCUGCUUCCCGUCACUGGCCUGCUGGGCGGCAUGAUGCUCGUACUCGCCCUUACCGGUGUGAUUGGCGGCCGUGUCUCGGACUCCAGCCCGCUCCCUUCUCCCGAGCCGAUAGCUGACAGGGUGCCUGGUUACCGUGGGAACCGUACAAGCCCCUCCCUCCCGGCAGAUGCGUCUCAGGCCCCGUCCACUCCGCCAAUGACGACAGCUGCAGAUUUGCUGACGUCUGUCCCCUCACUGAGCUCCACCUGGUUGACCGCCGCCACCUCUACGCCGCAUGCAGGUGGUUGUCAGCCCCUGGCAGAGCCCCAGUGUCACAUGUUACCAUACAACCAAACAUGGCUGUCCUCCUCCGUCGCCGUGGUGAAGAGCUCGGAGGUAGACAUGUUGCUCAGGUUCUUCAGCUACCUGAGCAGACUGUCCUGCUACAAGCACAUCAUGUUGUUUGGCUGCUCUCUGGCGCUGCCGCAGUGUUUCCAUGACGACGACGCUCAGCACAGGUGGGUGGUGUUGCCGUGCGCAUCCUUUUGUGAGGCGGCCAGAGAAGGUUGCGAGCCCGUCCUGCAGAUGUUCAACAUCUCCUGGCCCGACUUCCUGCGCUGCUCGCAGUUCAGCCGGGCCGCCUCAUCCUCUGCAACGUCUCCUGCCUGCUACACUCCCCGACAAGCAGUAGGAAAACCCUCGGCGUGCGGCGGGAAGGAAGACUUCCUGUGUGCCACGGGGAUUUGUGUCCCUCAGAAGCUGGUGUGCAACGGCCAAAACGACUGCGAUGACUGGAGCGACGAGGCCCACUGCGUGUGUUCAGACACACAGUUCCGCUGCUCGACGGGCCGCUGCUUGCCGCCGCUUCUGCUGUGCGACGGCUACGAUGACUGCGGAGACCUUAGCGAUGAGCUCAACUGUGUGUGCGACGCAACACGGGAGCAUCGCUGUGGCGACGGCCGCUGCGUGUCCACAGAUUGGCUAUGUGACGGCGAUCACGAUUGUGUCGAUAAGAGCGACGAGCUCAACUGCUCAUGUCGGAGCCAGGGUCUUUGGGAAUGCCGCAACGGUCAAUGUAUUCCUCCGGCCUUCCGUUGUGACGGCGAGGACGACUGCAAAGACGGCAGCGACGAAGAGCAUUGCAUGCGCGAGCAGCCUCACAACACGUGCCCCCCCACUCAACCGGGCUGCGCGUCCACUUCCUGCGACACGCGACACCACAACUGCACCGGCUGCGAGCCAAUCAGCUUGGAGCUGUGCAUGAACCUGCCUUACAACCACACACGCUUCCCCAACUUUCUGGGUCACGUAUCGCAGCGGGAGAGCUCCGUGUCGUGGGAGUCGUCACUAUUCCCGGCGCUGGUCCAGACGGGCUGCUACCAGUAUCUCAUGUUCUACGCCUGCACGUUGCUCGUACCCAAAUGCGACCCACUCAGCCUGAGUACUGUGCCGCCGUGCAGGUCUCUGUGUCGCACAGCCAAGGAGAAGUGCGAGUCGGUGCUCGGCAUCGUGGGAUUGCAGUGGCCCGACGACUCGGACUGCGCUCAGUUUCCCGAAGAGGGCGGAGACUCGACGUGCCUUCUGCCUGAGGCCGGCGUGGACGAGUGCUCCCCCAGCCACUUCAAGUGUCGCUCCGGACGCUGCGUCCUCGCCAGCAAGCGCUGCGACGGCCUCGCCGACUGCGACGACCGCAGCGACGAAGAUCACUGCGGUUGCACCGAGCGUUCUCUGUGGGAAUGUCCGGGGAGCGGCGUGUGCAUCAAGACCAGCAUGAUCUGUGAUGGCAUCCCAGACUGCCCCCUGCUGGCUGAUGAGGUCAACUGCUCGGCGUGUGGCGAUAACGAGUUGGCGUGCAACAAUCACAAGUGCGUGCAUAGGACGUUGUGGUGCGAUGGAAAGAAACACUGCACCGACGCAUCGGACGAGUGGGACUGUGUGUCUCUGAGCCAGUCGUCAGGUUCCAUUCUGACCGUGUUGAGGACGGCCGACCACUAUCACGUGUGUGCAGACGAGUGGAACCAGCAGCUCAGCAAACUGACCUGUGACCAGCUGGGUCUAGGGGUUCCCGCCUCCGUUUCCAUGGUACCUGAGCAGGGUGGUCCUCCGGGUCGCCGUCGCUGGUUACAUGUUCAUCCAGAGUGGGAGGAACGCAAAGGCUCGGCUCUACAGGCUCGCCUCGAGAAGAGAAGUCAUUCGUGUCAUUCUGGCAAGCGAGUGGCUCUCGUCUGCGUCAGAGACAAGUGCGGCCUGCGGCCGGCAAUGGACGCGCGUCUCUCCAGGCAGAAGAGGAUUCUGGGAGGUCGUGUGGCCAGGCAGGGGGCGUGGCCAUGGCAGUGCUCGCUGCAGAGCGGUCAGAGCGGUCACGUGUGCGGCUGCGUCCUCAUCGGCACUAAGUGGGCCUUGACAGUGGCGCAUUGCUUCGAGGGGAGAGAGAAGGCCCACUUGUGGAAGGUCCUCUUGGGUCUCAACAACUUGGACCAUCCGGGCGUGCACAGUCAGAGGCGUGGCGUGCGAGCCAUCACAGUGCACCCGCGUUACAACCGCGCCGUGGUGGACUACGACAUCAGCGUUGUGGAGUUAGACUCCGAGGUGGAGGAGACGGAAUGGGUACGGCCCGUGUGUCUGCCCGGAACCAAUCAGAUUCCCACUCCGGACUCCUACUGCUACAUCACAGGAUGGGGUCACAUGGGCAACAGGAUGCCGUUCAAGCUGCAGGAGGGCCAGGUACGGAUCAUCUCCAUGUCCCAGUGCCAGUCCUACUUCGACAUGAAGACCAUAACUGCCAGGAUGCUUUGCGCUGGUUACGAGGCCGGGACCGUGGACUCCUGCAUGGGUGACAGCGGCGGUCCGCUGGUGUGCGAGGAGUUGUCUGGGGGGCGCUGGACACUAUUCGGCCUGACGUCAUGGGGCAGCGUGUGCUUCAGCAAAGUGCUGGGACCGGGCGUGUACAGCAACGUGAGCCACUUCACGCCGUGGAUACACCAGCAGAUCUUCAUGCGCACGUACCUGCCCGACUGAGGCGCGCCGCCUCGGGCAUCCGGUUCCCGAGAGGAAUUGACGUGACGCCGCACCCGCUCGUUUAACACCGUUAGCCUUUUGAUGCUAGCUGCUGUAACAUUGACAUGACAGAUGCUAACAUGUUAGCUACUUUGAACGCUUACGUGGUUGGCGUACUAGCUAGGGCACAGUAGUGUGUUGUAGGUGAUUAAUCCUGUGCUCCGUCAGUGUUGUUGCUAGCUCGACUAACCUAGCGCCGGCCAAAAGUGAGAGCUAAUGCGCUAAUCACAGACAAUGGCCUGUGACGGAUAGCCUGUGACUUGAUGUUUGCUCAUUCCUUCACGUCCACAUUCCUGGUUGCUAGUUGUUAGAAGUCAUUUGGAAGAUUUGCUUUUUUCAAGAGUAUUUUUCUACACUUUUUUGUACAUCACGUGUGUGUGUGUGUGUGUGUCGAAAUAGGAGGGGGGGUCCUCCUAAGAUGUCACUUCCUGCUUUUGUAUUGUGAAGAGCCAUGUAAAGGAAGUGCAAUGUUUUUGUGUUCAACAGUAAAGCUACACACACCUGCUCUCAA